AUGCCCUCUCCGCGGGGCUGUGCAUGGGUUCUCGGCAUGGACUCGGCAACACAGAAUCCCUGGUUUCCUAUCCCGCUGAUGAGGAAGGUCUGGCAGUCGAUCCUUCGUGAUAAAGUGGCAGAUGUCAUAUAUCUCGAAAUGCUCCACGCCACGGCGGAGGGCGCAACUACGUGGACAACGGAAGAUAUUCCGGCGCCACCGUCCGUUGUACUGUCUACCAACAUCUUCGCCAGUAACGCAUUCAAAACCACACGGACGGAUAACCCUAACGUUCUGCAAGGCCAGGACGCCGUAGGCGCUCGAUUGGAGGAAGGGCACGGGCACGCUGGACUGAAGCGCUCCCAGCUCUCGCAACAGCAACGAGCCGGGGUAAUCGUCGCGGAUCUCGUCCCCGUCGAGAAGCUUUUCGAGCCUAUCUUCGAGUCUAAUUCACUUGUGGUACCGGUUAUGCUCCUUUAG